AUGGCUGAACCAGUACAGCGUUCGAAAGGCGUUUCGCUAACGUGGUUGGCUGCGCUGCCCGUCAUUCUCGCAGCUGCGUUUACAGCGUAUCCUAAUGGAUUUGGUAGAUCGGGCCCAGAGCCUGCGCCUUCGGUAACGAUUAAGCAGGGACAUAUUAUCGGAAAGUUUGUUGAUGAUGGGACAUUUCCUGAGCCGUUGGAGGGGUUCUUGGGGAUUCCGUAUGCGGUUCCUCCUGUUGGAGAGAAGAGGUUCCGACAUGCCGAGCCUGUAGGGGCGAGUAAUGAGACGAUUGAAGCCUAUUACCUGGGACCUAGAUGCCCUGGGAAACAACUCGUUCCUUUCCUGAAAGAUCCCAUUCUUGGACCAGAUUAUGAAUCAGAGGAUUGUCUAACCAUCAACAUCUGGCGCAAGAAGGGUCAUUCUCCCGCCAAGGGGAAAUUGCCAGUCGCAGUCCUGAUUCCAGGCGGUGCCUUCAAUCGCGGUGCAGCAAGGAUGCAUAAUUCGCAUACCAUGCUUGCUUUCUCGGAAGAGCCGUACAUCGCUGUUAGUAUGCAAUACCGCAUUGGCGUGUUUGGCGGACUGAACACAGACUUGACUGCCAAAGAAGGCCUCUUGAACCUGGGGUUGAAGGAUAUGUAUGUUGCGCUUGAGUGGGUGCAGGAGAAUAUCGGGGCGUUUGGGGGUGAUCCCAAUGAUGUUACCAUCAUGGGUUUGAGCGCUGCUGCUCACGGUAUCGGACAUCUUAUCAUGGAUAUCAACCAGCCGAAAAAGCUCUUCCACAAAGCGAUAAUGGACUCAGGCGCUCAUACAGCGCGCGCAGUUCAUCCGCCAGAUGCUACUCUCAACACACAACACUUUCGCGAACUCCUCGAUUUAACACCCUGCUCCCACUUUAAGGACCUCAAAGACCCCAAGAUUUUGACUUGUCUACGCAGCCUUACCUCCGAAACGGUAGACAACGCAGGGAAAGAAGUAUUUGCCCGCUCAGACCCUUCAAUCCGCUGGGCGUGGCAACCCGUUAUCGACAACGACAUCAUCUCACGCCGCCCGAUUGAAGCAUGGGAGUCUGGAAAGUUCCACAGGGUUCCCAUCCUCACUGGCUCUGCUGCGAACGAAGGCGCUUAUUAUGUACCGCUGAAAGCCGAUAAGGCCGAGGAGUUUACGGGUUUCUUUAAGAGCCUACUGCCGCAUCUUACCAAGUCUGAAGUCGAGGAGCUUGAGAAAUUGUAUCCUGAUCCUUCUACACAUCCUGACUCACCACAUACCGAUACAAGGGGUAUACCGGGUGUCGGGUCGCAGUAUAAACGCCUCGAAACUGCUUACGGACACUACGCGUAUACAUGUCCUGUUCGACAAACAGUUAUGUGGGCAACAUACCACGACAACGCGCAACCGGCAUAUUUAUAUCACUGGGCUUUGAACAAAACUGCUUUGUUCGGCGCUAACCAUGGCGAUCAAAUGCGUUAUCAGACUUUUAACAGAGAAGUCCGAGAGAUCUCACCCGCGCAGAGGGAAGUUUCCGGAAAUUUCCACGCCUACUGCACGAGCUUUAUCACAAAGGGUGAUCCGAAUAGUAACAAGGGGAAAUUUAAGAACAGGCCAGAGUGGACAUCCUUUGAGAAUGGUAAGGGAAAGACGAUGUUACUCGGACGCGGGAAUGAUGAACGGGCUGGGGGUACUGGGGUCGGGAAGGCGGCUGAGCUGGUGGACUUUACGUGGGGAGAUGAGCAAUGUGAGUUUUGGUGGAGGGUUUCUAGUAAAUGGGAGGACUAG